CCGCGCGACUCGUUUGUCUGUGGGCUGCAGUCAGCAGAGCUCACAGAGAAGGGUGGAGAGCUGAGAGCCUUAAAAAGUAACGUAACCAACAAUUAGCUCGAGAACUGAAGGCUCGAAGAACCUGUCGGCGUUCUUGAUCUCACUUUCAAGCGACUACUUACCUGAACUUGAGGAGCUGAAACCAUGUCGACUGUAUGUGAAGCGUCCUCGGGCUGCCCCAUUCCGAGCCGAGCGGUAGACGCUAAAAGCUGGUCUCCUCUGGCCGACUCUUACAGCCAGACCCCCGGAGGAACUCUCUUCUCCACCACUCCUGGAGGGACCAGAAUCAUCUAUGACAGGAAGUUUCUCCUAGAGUGCCGGAACUCCCCGAUCGCACGGACCCCUCCGUGCUGUCUCCCUCACAUUCCUGGGGUCACCAUGCCUACUGCACACACACUGGGCAAACUACUGGAACAUGAAGAGGACUGCAAGGACCUCCCUGCUGAAGACAGCCAGUUUGUAAUAGACAUCUGAACCUGCAAUGCAGCUCCUAUGGAGAAAUCGUCUAUCACAGCCUUUUCUACCAGCCUUAGCUCCUGAUCAGAGGGACCAGGGGUUCCCUCUUUUGUAAUGCUUCCACAUCCUUUUUUCCUUCAUACUGAAUAAUAAAAUGCUCAGAUGUGGUUGAUGUGAGGAGAGGAGAUGCAUUUUGAGUUUGGUGGAAAUUUGGGAUUGAGUAAGUGACUAACCUCUGUUAUUGUGAGGGGGCACUCUGAGACCCUCCUUACUACGUUACAUUCAGCAGAAAGGUAGACAAAUGUCUGUAAUUACCUUCUGUAAUUGGUUGGGUUUGUUUCAGUGCAGCUUUUUUUUUUGUACUGGUUCUUCAGUAGGUUGAAGGUGGCCUGUUUGGGUCAUUUAUGUCAGUGCCUUGUACUGAACCUUUUGUGAAAACAUUUUGUAAUGACUACUAGUCAAUCACGUGGUACAGGAUGACUUUUAAAUAAAACUGAAAACUGAG